GACAUGAUAGGGAAUCUUAUGAGUUAAGAAAGCUUUCCAAAUCAAAUAUUAUAAUAAUAAAUUUAAUUAUAGAAUGGUUAUAGUAGUUUUGAUGGAGCAGAUUUAAGAAUUAGAGUAUUUUUAUUAAUAUUUUAUUAUAUAGAUGGAUCAUAUUUUAAAAGUAUAAUCCUGGUUUAUCAAAUGUUUAAAUAAUCUUAUACGUCAUUAAAAUAAUAAGAAAAAAUCUAAUAUAAUAGUAUUGCCUUAAUAGGGAGCUAAUUUAUACGUAUGAUAUUGAUAAUAAAUUAAUUAAGGUGCACUUUAAAGAUGAAAUAAAUCUUAAAAAGACUAAAGUUUUAGAUUCUACUGAUAGUACUUUCGGCUAAUUAAAUUUAUUAAAGCCUUAGAUGCAAUUUAUACCUUGUAUUACAACAAUGAUAUUUAGUUUCACCAUAUUAAUCUAUAGCUCCUUAUUAUUCUUAAGAAAUGGCAUUUUAGAGAAUGAAUCCUAUAAUGCAAAGUUAGGAUAGGUAUAUUGUUUAGACUAAAUAAUCGAACUAAGCUAACCAUUUUAAGGUUAAAGAUAAAUUCUUGGUUUUUUAAGGGAAGCCAGAGGAAUCAUAAUCAAUUAAUUCAGAUGAAUAGGAUUUUGAUGAGAAGAGAUCUGAUCAUUCAUUUUCAAUAAAAAAGAAGAAGAAAAUAAGUAAGGUAAAUGAUACAAAAAAUAUAACUAAAAAUUUUUCAAAGGCUAUUAUUAGUUAUAUUACUCAAAAUAAAGAUAUAGGUUUGAAAUUAUUAGAUGGAAGAGAAUUUGAAGAUUUUCUAUAGAUUUUAAAAGAGAAAAAGAAUAAAAUGACAAAUAUAUAAUAAUUAAGGGAAUUAUGGGUAGAUUGUAAUGAAGGAAAGAUAAAAGAAUUUAAUAAGACUUUUAGAAUCUUUAGGUAAACAAAUAUGAUUAAUAAUAGUCAAUAUUUUUUAAGGUAGCAAUCAGUUGCAUACAUAUAUAAUUCUCGAAUAAUGAAUACAGGAUGGCAUUUAAAAUAUAGAUAUAAUUUGCUUAGAGCAUUAAGAGAGCCCUAGAAUUUCAAAUACAUAAAAGAUAUUUGAUUUAAAAAUUAUAAUCUAUUAAAUAAA